GGCCACUUGGUAAAUAAAUUUAAUUAAAUAGUGAGUGGUGUGGAAUCUCAGCAAACCACACAUAGUUGAUAUGAAUUUUAAUAUCGGAUUCCUCUUCACAUUCCCUUAAUUUACACUUUAAAUUAUUUUUAAAAUGAUAUUGAAAUAUUUUAAAUGGAAUCAUGUAUUUUUGUAAAUGCAAAUUUAUCAUAAUUUUAAUCGUAACCUUCAUUAAUGUGUAUUGCGUUGAAAAAUGCUCCGAUUUAUCUCAAGAAUCUCUUCUUAUUGGACAAUACUGCCUUUCAACUUGUGACCAUGAAUGUGUUCAAAGGGUUUCAUUUCCAGGCACUAUAAAUAUGCCCUUGUUUGACCACCCAGUUUUGGAAUCUGACUGUGAAGGGAAACGAGGAAGACUCCUUUGUAUGUCCACAGAUUUAACACCUCAUGGAUAUCCUCUUUGUGAAGUUUUGAAUCUCGCCUAUUGUGAGCCUAGUUCAUGUGCUUGCUGGUCCUCCUGUAUUUCACGCCAGUGCCCUCCCAAAUUUACUCCAAAGAACAACCAAGUCACCAACUCAGGAUGUUUCGAUACUAAUUUAAGGGUUUUGUGCGUUUCAUAG